UUGAAAAAAAAAAAUAAAGAAUUUUGAGGCAGAGAAUACAGAUUCUAUUUCCUUAUCAAACUGAACAGCCUCCCACCAUCACUUCUCAUCCGAAGUUAAGCAAGCAAUACCUACUUUUCCUUGCUUUUGCCUCUUACUUUUCCUUCAAGUACAACUCUAGCUCUCUCUCAAAUAAAUCCUAGUUGUUGGGAUAUCAGAGAUAUUGAUGCUGUUGAGUAUUCAUUCUGCAGAUCUAACUUCCCUUGAUCUACACGUACUCUUGAAGGUAUUCUCAUACCAUCAAAUCCCAUUUUCUGCUCAUAAUCUUCGCCAUUUUUGUGUUAUUUUUUUAUUUCUGGGCUUGAGCGGGACAUUUGAACUCGCAACCAAUCAGGCCAAGUUGAUAUUCUGGAUUGCCCUCAGCCAAUUAUUACGUGACACCCUAAAGUAUCUUGGAAAUUCAUUCAAGAAAGCAACUAUGCCCUUCGGAUUGGUUUCAGCGUGGAACAAGCGCCGGAGAAGCAAGUCCCAUGACAGCAUAGACCCUUGGAUUUAUAAACCUCUGGAAUUUUGGCAACUUGAAGAUCAAACCCCUCAACCCACGAAAAGGCACAAUGGAUCAUCAGUUUUCACGCUAAAAGAAAUGGAAGCAGCAACAAACUCAUUCAGUGAAGAGAAUUUGCUCGGAAAGGGAGGAUUCGGACGAGUUUACAGAGGCACUCUGCGGUCAGGAGAGGUGGUAGCAAUCAAGAAAAUGGAGCUGCCACCAUUUAAAAAAGCCGAGGGGGAGCGAGAGUUCAGAGUAGAAGUUGAUAUGUUGAGCAGACUUGCUCACCCAAAUCUGGUUUCCUUGAUAGGCUAUUGCGCUGAUGGGAAGCACAGGUUUCUGGUUUACGAAUAUAUGCAGAAUGGAAACCUGCAAGAUCAUUUAAACGGUAUUGGGGAAGCAAAAAUGGAUUGGCCUAAAAGACUCAAAGUAGCCCUUGGAGCAGCUAAAGGACUUGCUUAUCUCCAUUCUAGUUCUGAUGUUGGGAUUCCAAUUGUUCAUCGAGAUUUCAAGUCCACCAACGUUCUUCUAAACGCCAACUUUGAAGCAAAGAUAUCCGAUUUUGGGCUUGCCAAAUUAAUGCCAGAGGGACAGGAGACCCAUGUAACAGUUAGAGUGCUUGGCACAUUCGGCUAUUUUGAUCCCGAGUAUACAUCGACAGGGAAACUCACUCUACAAAGUGAUGUUUAUGCAUUUGGAGUGGUUCUUCUUGAGCUUCUGACUGGACGUCGAGCCGUGGACUUAAACCAGGGACCAAACGAUCAAAACCUUGUACUACAGGUAAGGCACAUAUUGAAUGAUCGGAAGAAACUGCAUAAGGUGAUAGAUCCAGAGCUGAGCCGAAGUUCAUACACCAUGGAGUCUAUAGCCAUGUUUGCAAACCUGGCAUCAAGAUGUGUCCGUAUUGAGAGUAGUGAGAGACCCUCAAUGGCAGAAUGUGUAAAAGAAAUCCAAGUGAUUAUUUAUUUAAAUUCAAAAGGCUUGGGCACGGCUAUGCACACUUUAAGAAUGGUCUAAUAAAGCCCGAUGUUUUAAGCAGGGUGUAAGUGCUCUAAGUGAAUAAAAAAGAGGAAGAAGAUCCUUUAUAUUCUA